AGUAGGGGGUGUAUGAAGGCGCAGUUGUCCUGCUGGAUGUCACAGUUGCUCCUGGAUUCUACACAGUGCGGAUCUCUUCUUCACACUGCUAAGAUGGAUAUGAAAGUGAUCGUAGUAUUGGCUUUGAUGGCCGUCGUCAUUAAUGCCCCCGUUUCAAAUGCCAAGCCCAUCAGCCUGGUUGAGAGGUGCUGGUGCCGCUCCACAGUCAACACAGUCCCUCAGAGAAGCAUUCGCGAGCUCAAGUUCCUCCACACACCCAAUUGCCCCUUCCAAGUCAUUGCCAAACUGAAGAACAACAAGGAAGUGUGCAUCAACCCAGAGACCAAAUGGCUGCAGCAGUACCUUAAAAACGCCCUGAACAAAAUGAAAAAAUCCCAACAACAGAUCUAAGAAGUCUGCCAGAUGACACAGGAAUCUGACAGCCCACCGUCACAGAUAUGUACCAUAUAGUCUUCUGGCAUGCUUGCUGACUCAGCACUUAACCUGCCAAAUACGCUUCCCCACUAAAGACUCAGCGAAAGACCACCACUGCCACCCAUGUAGUCUCAUCUGUUAGCGCCAAGUGCAAUUAUAUAUAUGUAUGACUGUGUUUUUAUACCUAUGAUAUGUAUAUACAAUGUUUUUUAUAUCGUCUUGAAAACAGUAAAGAGAUAUUUUUGGAGUUGUGUUUGCUCCUUGUUUGUGUCGUUAUGGUGGGUCUUGUGGAGCAAACACUUAAAAUGCUCACUACAUCGUCACCUUAUAGAAAAUGAAAGACUGAGCCAGAGGUGUUUGACGGAUAGGAAGGGCAUUGAUCUUUACUAGUUACAUACUAUUAGAUAUCUGUAACAGCAUAUAUUGCAUGUAAAACUUGUAUGUCAUGUAUAGAAAAAUUAAGACAUGUUUUUGUUCUUAAGAAAGGGAGGGUUAUUUUUUUUUCAAACAAACAAACAAAGUAUUUAGACUCUGCAUGAACCCUGACAGUUUUGAAUUUGGGCAAUGUAAUUGGCUUUACUGGAAGCAUUUUUGCAAUGCACUCGGCACCAAAACAUCUCAGCUUUCAAAUGUUAAUUGACCGAUCAGCAUGUGUAAGAAACUCGGCGUCAUAACACAUGAAACAACAUUAGACUUAGGAAAAUUAUGUAAUAACUAAAAAAGAGAGCGGUGCUUCAAAAUGCCCAUGCGAUAAGUUUACAGCCGAGUUCAAGAAAUUCGAAAGGGCUAAUCUAUCGAUUUCAUAAUGAAAACUAAUUUGAAAGCAUUGUAGGCAAGAUAAAAUUUAGAAGAAUUACACUUUUAAAAAUAAUGGUGUUUCACAAUGCCAUAGAAGAACCUUUUUUGUGUAAAUGGUUCUUUAAAGCACUUUCAACAUCUGAAGCACCUUUCUUCAGAAACAGUUCUUUAAGGUGAAAAAGGGUUCUACAGAUUAUAAAAAUGUAUUAAGAAAUGGUUCUUUGAGGAACCAAAAAAAAGGGUUCUUCUAUAUGGCAUUUAUGUGAAGAACUUUUUAAGCACCUUUAUUUUUAAGAGUAUAGCAGUAGUGAAACAUCUAAUGCAGAAAUUAAGAGAGAACUGACAGUAUAUAACAAUGCACUUUAUAACCUCUUGUGUUCAUUUAAAAAGCUGAUUUUGAAUUACGUCCGCUAUAGUGAAUAGUUUAAGUGCUUAAUGUUUUGUUUUUUUGUGCUUAGAACUACAGUAGUUAUGACUGUAUUGCCAAGUUUAUUAAACUUUUUUUAUCUUCAGCAUCAGAUAUUUUAUUUUGAGUGGCUUUAUGUUCAAAUAUCUUUUAAGAUUUUUGUAAUUUAAUUAGUUGCCAAAUUUUUGUAUCAGUCAGUUCUACAAAAAAACAAAACAAUUACUGAACAUGCCAGUUUGGUUUAUACAUAACUGCAGGGAAAAAGUAAACAUUGUUGACCACAAAACCAGUCAUAAGCCAUACAUUUUAUACAUCCUCUGAAAGCUUAAUUAAAAAGUUUUACAUUAAUGUACGGGUGCUAGGAUAGGGCAUUAUUUGGUCGAUUUAUUUAAAAUUCUUAAAUCUGACGGUGCAAAAAAAAUCAUGUUUACAGUUGUCCAAAUUAAGCAAUACGUAUUACUAAUGAUUAAUACAUUUUUUAUAUAUCUAUGGUAGAAAAUUUACAAGAUAUCUUCAUGCAACAUAAUCUUUACUUUAAAUAUCUCAAUAAAUUUUGGCAUUAAAGAAUAACUGAUAAUGUUGACCCAUACAAUGUAUUGUAUAUAUACCUUUGCUUGGCACAUUAUGCAUUUCAAAUCCACUCCAUUGAAAAACACAUCAACACGUUGGCAUCCUAAAUGCAGCUUUGAUUUAUUUUGGACAACUGUUCUGUCUAGGAAUGCACUCAACAUUCUGGACCACAAGAGCAAACAUAUGACCAAGCAUGCCAAUUCAAUGCAUCUCUCCAAGGACAAUUAGCAUAUGGAAUUUGUCUGUUACACUACUGCCAAUUUCAUCCCAUCGACCAAUUUAAGAUUGAGCCAUUAAAAGCGCCAGGCCUCAUUUACAAACAUGGCCCUUGGGCACACAUCUAUAAGGAAACAUAAUGCCAGCUCUGUGCUACCACUGAAUGUGAAGUUGGGUUCAUAAUCAGAUGGAAAAUCUGAUGAAUAAAAAAAUCUCAAAAAUGUGAGCAGACAUCAGGUCGUGGUUGGGGUUAUUACCUUAUCAUGCACUUCUUUGAAAGGAGCAAUUACAGAAUGUGGUUAAAAGCCUAAUUACUGUACAUUCAUGUCUUCACUGUGAAAUGGAUAAUGGACAUUUUAUUUGACAAGUAACUUACAAGUAAUCAUUCUGAGGAUAGAAAUAACAUACAGUUUACAACACAAAUGGGAACACAAAUGGCAUUUAUAUCAUAUUUUGACUUUUUCUAUAAAGCACUAUGACACUGUAAUACUAAGCAAAUAUUGUCCUAUACUCAUGUUUCCUUCUGAAUGUGAAGAGUAUGUGUAUUGUAUACGGCAGCUAAAUACAUAAACCACAUACAAAAUGUU